UUUCUCCAGACCUGCUGCAGAUUUAAAUGGAUGUUGAGCACAGUUUUCAUUCACAUGUCUCCCUCAGAGCCCUGCACCACUAAUCCUCCUUUAAUCCCAGUCAACAGAGGCGGAGCGAGCUGCACUUUCCUCCCUGGUCACUUCACUGUGGGACACCCUCAGGCUGCGCAGCUCGGCGUCAUGUGUGUUUGUGCGGUUUCCUCCGCGGAGCAGCUUUCUGUGGGACCUUCGGUGCACUGAGAGGACGAGCAGAUGUGGCUCUUUAACCAUGACUGAUCCCGGGAAGCAGAGCCUUCAGGUGGUGCUGGUCCUGCUGUGUGUCUGCCAGCUGACCUCAGGUUUGAAGUGUGCGUGCCCGCUGUGCACCAACCACACCUGUGAGACGGCCCCAGACGGGGCCUGCUGGAACUCUGUGAUGCUGAUUGACGGGAAGGAGGAGACGGUCAAGUCCUGCCUCUCGCCCUCCGAAAUGAAGGGCCAGGUUUUCUGCUAUAGCUCAAAGAAUGUCUCCAAGAGAAACUGCUGCUUCACUGACUUCUGCAACAACGAGACUCUGCAUCUGCACUCAGAGAGACCUUCAGAAGAACCAGGCUGGAGCGGGCUGCAGCUCACUGUUGUGAUCCUGGUGCCCUGCUGCCUGCUGUGUCUAGGGGUCCUGCUGGGCGUGUGCCUGGUGCAGGGACACCACUGUGCCUAUGGCAGAGCCCACAAGCAAGACCCAGAGGAGCCCCUGGAUGACCAGAUGCUGAUGUCUCCUGAUAAAUGUCUCAAAGAACUGAUCUAUGACAUGAGCACCUCCGGCUCUGGAUCAGGACUUCCACUGCUGGUCCAGAGAACCAUAGCUCGAACCAUUGUCCUGCAGGAGACCAUCGGAAAAGGUCGGUUUGGUGAGGUGUGGCGAGGGAAGUGGCGAGGGGAGGACGUGGCCGUGAAGAUCUUCUCCUCCCGGGACGAGCGGUCGUGGUUCCGGGAAGCAGAGAUUUAUCAGACCAUCAUGCUCCGGCAUGAGAACAUCCUAGGAUUCAUUGCUGCUGAUAACAAAGAUAAUGGUUCCUGGACUCAGCUCUGGUUGGUGUCAGAGUACCACGAGCAUGGCUCCCUGUACGAUUACCUGAACAGAUACACAGUUUCAGUGGAGGGCAUGGUUGUUCUGGCUUUGUCCAUAGCCAGUGGAUUAGCACAUCUUCACAUGGAAAUCAUUGGUACACAAGGGAAGCCUGCGAUCGCUCAUCGAGACCUGAAGUCUAAAAACGUUCUGGUGAAGAAGAAUGGGAUGGCGGCCAUUGCCGAUCUGGGUCUGGCCGUUAAACACAACUCCAGCACGAACACCAUAGACAUACCGUUCAACCACAGAGUGGGAACCAAAAGGUACAUGGCUCCAGAGAUCCUGGAUGAGUCAAUUAAUUUGAACAACUUUGAGUCGUUCAAGAGGGCAGAUAUCUAUUCACUGGGCCUGGUGUUCUGGGAACUGGCCAGAAGAUGCUCUGUGAGAGGACUUCAUGAAGACUUUCAGCUGCCUUAUUAUGACAUGGUGCCUUCAGAUCCAUCCAUCGAGGACAUGAAAAAGGUGGUGUGCGAUCAGAAGCUUAGACCCAGCAUUCCCAACCAGUGGCAGAGCUGCGAGGCUCUGCGUGUGAUGGGGAAACUGAUGAGAGAGUGUUGGUACGCCAACUCUGCAGCGCGACUCACUGCCCUGCGAGUCAAGAAAACUGUGUCUCAGCUCUCGGAAACCAAGGACGUCAAAGAUUAGUUUUAUGAAUUGUUUUAGAGAUCUGCACUGGUGCUGGCACUGGUGAGGGGUGAGGAAUUUGAAGGCCUGAAGCUGGACCCAACCACAUCCUCACAGAGCCUAAUUAGGUGGGUUUUGGUGCCAAAGCGCUGAGGGAAACCAGUGGAGAUAUUUACACAGAGACAUUCAGGAUACUGACUUUUUUUUUUUUAUCCAAACAGCAAAAAAGUUUGGUAAACAUGUGACAUAAGUCAUGUUAAAUGUGAUCAUUUUGCUACCUCAGUAUUUGAAGUGCCCAAAGCUUGAAGUUGCACAUUGUUGUGUUUUUGUGCCGUAUAUUGUGAUUGCAGCGCUGCUGGGUAGUUACAAGUAAAAAAAMAAAAAAAAAAAAAAAAAAAAAAAAAAAAAAAAAAAAAAAAACUAAUUUUGACA